UCUCUUUCGCUAUUUGUACGAAUGUCAUUAGCGUGUGUUUCUUUUUCUGUAUCUUUCUUUACUUUUUAGGAAUAUUAUUAAAUAGCGGCAUUAGUUAAAUACAAGUUAAAUCGUGUGGUUGUCGCAAAUACUCCGCUCGAUACAAGUAAAUAUUUUCUAAAAAGCAUUUAAAUUCCAUCAACAAAAACAACAUGGUUUACGCUGUCAAGAGCAAGUCCGAUUUCGAUCAACAACUCGAAAAUGCUGGUGAAAAAUUGGUGGUAGUUGAUUUCUUUGCCACCUGGUGUGGUCCCUGCAAAAUGAUUGCCCCCAAAUUGGAAGAACUUUCCAAGGAAUAUGUUGACAAAAUUGUCAUUAUCAAGGUUGAUGUUGAUGAAUGUGAAGAUAUUGCCAUGGAAUACAACAUCUCCAGCAUGCCCACUUUCAUUUUCAUCAAGAACAAGCAAAAGGUUGAAGAAUUUGCCGGUGCCAAUGCCGAAAGAUUGACCAACACAAUCACAAAAUUGGCUUAAAUUUAAAUUUUAUAAAUUUAUAAUAAAAAUUGUGCAUAAUUUAACACUCCUCCGCAGCACACUUCUAAAUACCCUAACACAUAGUCCAAUUCAAUAUAAAUAUUCAUAUAAAUAUGAUUUAAAGUUUUUAUUUAUACCUUAUUUUUUAUAAUUUUUCUUUUUUUAAAUUUUGUUUACAUUUAUUUGUAAUUUAUUUACUUUUUUUUAAUUCUACACAAAAUUUCGUUUAUUAUUGUGAAAAUCCGUUGUGAAAAAAUAACAUUCUUAAAACAAUAAAAACCAAAACUUAAUAAAAGACAUUGAAGUUGUUGUAAAAUCAGUUA